CAGGUUUUCACAGGCCGUGACUUGAAUUCAGGAGUAAGUAUCUGUUUCACUUUGGCUUGGAAUACUGUCGGAAAGGUGCUAAACAGGUUGAGUUGCUUUUAGGCAGUGGGAGGGUUUUUUCCUCUUCUUUUGGAUGAUCAAGGCAAGCUACAAUACUGCCAGUCUCCUGAAAUCAAGCUGUUUGAACUUCCAGAAUGUUGAUUUUCAGAUUCAAAAAUUACACAUAUCCACAAGGUUCAUGGUGAAACAUUCCUGAGCAACUCUCCUUUUCCCCAAUAAACAUCAUGUGGAUUUUUCCAGCUGUCAUUGAGCCUGACAUUUUCCAUUAAAAUAAUAGUAGUAACAACUGCCAUAAUAUGGGCGAUUUAGCUUUAUUUGACAUGUUGGAGUGCCCGUUGUGCUUGGGGAAGCUGGAUAUUUCAGCCAAGGUGCUCCCCUGCCAACACACUUUCUGCAAGCCUUGCCUCCAGAGAAUCCUGAAAUUACACAAGGAGUUGAGAUGUCCAGAAUGCCGAGCUCCUGUCCUCUGCAGAAUUGAAGAACUUCCUGCCAACUUGUUUUUGAUCCGCUUAUUGGAUGAAAUCAGACUUGGAUCAAAUGUCAUGAAGUAUGGCUCACUCCAAAGAUAUGGGUCUCUCUCCUCUCCCUCUUCCCUCAGGAGAAUCCGAGGAGAGCCAAGAGCCUUGCAACUCCAUCAUUAUGGGCCAACUUCUAAUCCCAGGAUCCCUAUGGAAGGGGUUCCCAGGGCUAAAGCCUUAUACAGCUUCCGAGGACACAACCCUGGAGAACUAAAGUUCAACAAAGGGGACAUCAUCAUUUUGCACCGUCAGCUGGAUGAAAACUGGUAUCUGGGAGAGAUCAACAGAGUCAGUGGAGUUUUCCCAACGAAUUCUGUACAAGUUAUCAAACAACUGCCCCAGCCACUUCCCCUUUGUAGAGCACUUUAUAACUUUGAUCUGAAGUCCAGGAAGACAAAUGAAAAAUCGGAAUGCCUGCCUUUCCAUAAGGGAGACAUAAUCACUGUAAUCAGUCGAGUGGAUGAGAACUGGGCAGAGGGCAAAAUAGGUGACAGAACUGGAAUUUUCCCUAUCUUGUUUGUGGAGCCAAAUACAACAGCACGGCAGCUCCUACAGAAGAGUUACCAAUCCUCCCAGCUGAAAUGUGCCUCUCCUUUACGAAAAUCCCUGCCCAGAGCCAAAGGCAUGGAAUCCGAAUCAAGAAGAAAACACGUGAAGCAAUUCUCUAUCACAAGUGCCUUAAAUACACUCAACAGGAUGGUCCAUUCUCCCACAAGACGACAGAGCCUGGAUAUCAGCUCUCCCGUGCUGAUCAGUUCUAGCAACCCUUCAGUGGCUACCCAGAACUAUGAGAAAAUAGAAUUCCCUUACAGCACGCCUGUUCAGGUCAGCACUGCCUAUUACUCUCCACCUGAAUCCAUGGGGCACUCUACAACCAUUUUCACACUUCCCAAUUUGCAGAAGCAUCUUUCGAUGAAUAUGUAUGUGGCUUUGCGCUCCUACACAGCUCAUAGUCUGGAGGAACUAGAAUUGGAAAAGGGAGACGGCAUUCGUGUCUUGGGGAAACACCAGGAAGGCUGGCUGAAAGGGAUGUCCUUGGUGACAGGAAAAAGUGGAAUCUUCCCAAGCAAUUACGUUGCUCCUCUUUUCAGGAAGUCUUCGAACUUCCCUGAUUCAAAAAUGCCUUCCCUCUGUGCGACCUGGACGUUAUCCACCGCCUCCCUCUCAUCCCAGGGAAGUAUCUCCGAGAAUGGCUCCAGGCAAAGCAGGCCUUUGAAAUUUGCCUUCAUGCCCGCACCUUUGGCCUCACCGGUGAGGGAUCUCUCAGAGUCGAAUGCCUCAGGGCAAACAGCCUUGCAGAGAAGAGGACGUGGCAGCAUUCGGAAAAACGGUUCUUUACAGAAGCCAUUGCAAUCAGGAGCUCUUGUUCCAUUUGUCAACUCCAUCAGACGAACUCCUGCCACCCAAACACGGGUUCAGCAGUCUCCCAUAUAUCAGCCUAUCUCCAUGCUUUCCCGAGGAGUUGGCACAAUUGACACAGGAGUCAGGCUGAACUCCUUCUCCUAUGAUUCUUCAUUAAUGACCAUGCCCCGAAAUGGAAGCAGCAGAGCUCCUUCGGUGUGUAGCUCGGUAAUAGACACCAAAGAACUGCCAUCAAAAAAUGAGCUAAUUCCAAAGCCAUCUCCAUCUGCUCCACCUUCCAUUUUGGUGAAACCAGACACCUCCAGAAACACUGAGAAGCAAGUGAAAACAGUGAGAUUUCAGAACUACAGCCCACCACCAUCCAAGAGACACAACUCUCUGUCAUCACUCAGUGGCAAACUGGAGCAAGGAGGAGCUACAGAAGCAAUGUCGGCAGAUGUAAACAAAGGCCCUGAAACGUUAUCUCUCUAUUCUCACCGUAUCAGCUCCAGUCCACUUCAUCAAAGAAGGAUGCCACGUCCCAAAACCUCUUCACUGGACCUUUCCAGUCUCGCAGGCCACAUGACCUUUCCUACAAAAAAGAAUUAUAAUAGUCUCUCAGAAAACUGAAAUGUUUAAUCCUGCAUAAACUGCAACCUUUUGGACAGUUCCUGUCACUAUUUCUUUAUAAGCAAACAAUAACUACAUAUUCCCACAUCUCGGGUAGAACCUGGUACCGUUUAAAAUUCACAGAAUUGCUGGGGCUCUUAAUGGACUCUAUACAACUCUAGCCUGUUAAUGGACAUUGCUUAUUCUAUAUUCUUAGGAAAAGUCUUAUUUUGUGCAGAUUUGAUCUAUGACACAAACUGCAGGUACAUACCAUGGACAUGCAUUUACCACCAUAUGCAAAGACAAUCACAGUGACGGUGUGAAAUUAAUUUGAUUGCAUAAGCAAAUACAAAAUACAUUAUUUUGCUUUGAGAAGGCAGUUCAAAUGCCACAUUUCUCUGUGUUAAGUUUCAAUGCUGUGGAAUGGAAAUGGAAACACAACUCUGUCAAAAAAUGUCCUUUAGUCUUCUCUGUACUGCUCAAUUUUAUAAUAGAUAAAAUGAAAUCUUUGCUUCCCCA